AUGGAGCUCGGAUUCCGCUCGACUUCGUCGGAAGAGAUUGACGACGAUUCUGAGAGGACAGUUGAACGGGCUGUUGCUGAGCCCGAGUCAGGGAAUGAUGGUGCUGAGCGUGCAGAUGAACGGGCGAAUGAAACGGAUGAGACCCCGACAGCUGAACCAACGGCUGGAGGCGGCACUGAAGCAAUGACACCUCCAGGAGUGGAAGCGGCUAUGCUGCGGGAAGGUGGCGAGGGAGAAAGAAAUGAGUUUGACUCAGAGCACGGCGACUUUGAGAAGGAUUUGCAGGCUCUAAACGUCGCGGAGGAGGAUGGGGAGAACAAUCAGGGGCGUGAUCAAGAAGGGAUGAACGAUAAGAUGGGUGCUCCGGACGGAGCGCUGGUGUCGCUCGUCCCCGCCGCUUCCGAGGACGGCCAGCUCCAGUGGAUCCAGCCGCCGCAUUUCUUGGCGGCGCCGCAAUUUAUGGGCGGAGCGCAAUUCAUGGGCGGAGCGCAACUUAUGGGCGGGGCGCAACUUGUCGGCGGGGCGCAAAUUGUGGGCGCAUCUGGACACGGCGGAGGGAUGAUGCCCGCAGGGCCGGUUUCGUUCUUCCGCGCGUCAUCCUUCGCUGCGCCUGUGUCCGCGGCAACGGGUAUUGAGGGAACCUUUAUGGGAACCGAUGGAGUCAACGGAGUCAACGCCACCGUGCGCGGCGUUUCCGGGGAUCUGUUCGGCGGGAACGCGGGCGACGAGAUGAUAGAAGGCUCGUGGGACGAUCUUAUCAUCUGCACUCCCACCGGCGGGUUUCCCGGCGGGUUUCACGGGCAGAUGGGAUGGGGAGGCGAGCGAACGAGCCGAGGAGGCCGCCGCACGCAGCUAUGGGAGGGCGACCCGCAGCUGGUCUACCGGCUGCAACAGAGUUACCACACAGACGACUCCGCCGCCGCCGAGGUGAAACCCGACUUUUCAACGAUUGCCAUCCCCGGCGCCGAAAACGCUGCAAUUAGAAGCGAAUCGAUGAGAGGCGACGGAGACGAGGAGGGGGGAUUGCCCGCGGAAGCUCGAGGCAAUCCGGAGACCGCCACGCCCCCAGCAAUCAUGGGACCAGAGUCCCGGGAUGCCGUACAGUCGACGGCGACAAUGGAGAGUUAUCGAGAAAAUAUCGCGAGCGGUCAGUUGCCGCUGCACGUGAAAGUGGAGUUUCCGACGCCGUCGCCUAGAGGCGGACUAGCUUCCUCGUCGCCCAGCAAUCGCGGCGGGCUGGGGUUCUCGUACCACUCGCCGAUCCCGCUGUGCUCGCCGUCGCCGCUGCGACUGUGUGCGAUGGAGCUGGGCGACAUGGCGGAGCCGAAUUUGUGGCUAUCGCCGCCCGCGAGCACCAAGUACACGCUCGACAAGCUCGGCGACUUCCCGCCCUUCUCGCCGCGGCUUCCGGCGAUCGUGCGCGGCUACAGCGCAGGCAAGCAAUUCAUUCGACUCAUACGUCGUUUCGUGUGUCUGUUGGUUGGGUCGUGUGUGGCAGCAGCAGCCCUACCGUACCUGGAUCCCGGCGCGCACCAGCAGCCUUCCAGGAUGUCGCCUUCCAAGGGAGAGCCCCCCGGAUCCGUCCCCCCAGAAUCCGCCCCGCCGCAAGCGCCUGGCGGACCAACCGCCGACAGCGCAGAAAAUCCGGCAGUUUCCGCUUCCGCCAUGGUUUCCGCCGCUCCCCAUUCCGGUUCACCGCGGGCAGCCAGGCGGGGAACGGCGGAGGAGGAGGGAGACGCUGCGCGGGAAAAUGGUCAGGCUGCGCGGAGGGAGGACGAGGCGAUUGAUUUAGCGGGCGCGAGGCGGGAGAGUGGGGCGGCGGGAUCGGCGCGAUUGGUUAAUAGCGGUUCGCCGGGUAGCGGAGUGAGGUACGGCGGGAUGCGCGGGCGGUCGCUGCUGCAGCAGUGCCUCAUUAUGGGCGCGGAGCAGCGCGCCAUUCGCGCCGUCUCCGCCGCUGGCGCCGGUGGUACCGCUGCUGCGGGUGCUGGCGGUAACGCUGCUGCUGUUGUUGGCAGCAGAUAUGAUGCUGGUGCCGGCGGUAACGCUGACCCCGAUGUUGAAGGGGAAGAGAAGAAUGAGCAGGCGGAAAAUGCUGAGAAGAACGACAAGAACGAGGACGAGAGGGGCGAGAGGUCUGGUGGUGAUGCAGACGACCGUGCGGCGGGUUCGGGUCCGUCAGUGUUGAGAUGGAGAGCGGUGGGGUGCGAUGGCCGUCGGCUUGUCGACCGGCGUGACGUGCGGUCAGAGCAGGAGAGGGCGGCUCUUCGUGCUGCAGACUCGAAUGCCCCGCACGGCUCUGCUCCACCGCUUUCACCUCCGCAGGAGGCGCCUGGAGAAUUUGUCAGUGCAGCUGGUGCUGGGGUUCGUGCCAGCAGCGAGAGGGAGAUGAAUGGUGGUGGUACAGAUUUUCCCAGCACGGAAAUGCGUGGGCACGAGUCUCAGCAGCACGUUGGUGGGGCGUCGGGCGAGGUGUUCCCUCGCGAAAGCGAGUUUGCGAAUCAUGGCGACCGAUUGUCGCGAGCUGAUGUUACCACGGGAGGGAGGUCGUUCGUAGUUGGCUCGUUAGGCUCAACACUUACGGAACGCGUGAGUGUACUAGAUCUCGAGAACAAACAAACAACGCGUGCGGACAAUAGCGAGGAUGGCGCAACCGAAAUUGCGAAUUCUGACGUACCCAACUCCAGCGGCAACAGCCGUUCGUCGUCGAAUCUCGACAGUGGAGGCGCGGAGUCGAACGACGAAGGAACCGGUGAGGACGGAUCGGGAGUGGUGGAGAAGGAGGAGGGCGCGCGAGAAGAGGACGGGGGAGAAAGCAGGCUAUCAGGAAGAGUUGUGGCGGCGAGCAGCGCUAAAGACGGCGAGGAUCGGCAUGAUACGAACCCGGGUGAUAAGGGUGACAAGGGUAAUGGGGGCGAUGGGGGCGAUGGUGACAAUACACGAGCUUCGCAGACUGAACGAGCGGGGCUAACGGUAGAAGAAGGUGAGGCGUUGAAAUCCCCCGCGCACGCGCAGCAGCCGUCAUUUUUACCGGCGGGCGCGGAACGUAGGCGCGCGGAGCGUACGGGCACGGAAAGGGAGGGCGCAGAAGGUAGAUACGCGGAAAGCAGCCCAGAGAAGGGCUCCGCUGGCUUGGUGCGGCCGCAGCCGCGUAGGGCGCGGAGCGGCGAUGCAAUCUCUCCGUCCUUCUCGAUUCCCGCUUCCCCGCUUUUCGAAUCGCCCCGCUCGGCGGCUUUUGAGCGGAAUGCGCCCCGGUCCGCAGGCGAAGAGCGCGCGUCGGCGCAGGCGCCCCUGCUGCAGCCUGCAGCGAAUGUGCGUCAAGUGCAGGCUGCGGCACAGUCACAUUCGGGGAAGCACCAAGAGCAUGGUGAAGCGGGGGGGCCGGUUUUCGAGUCGACUUCACAAUUGAGUGGCGGGAGUGAGGCGGGUGGGAGAGGUGCGCGUGAGGAGGGCGUGACGUCAGACGAACCAGGGGCGAAGCGCACCAAGUCUCAGCAGUCUGGGGGAAUUGGAGUGAAUGCAGGAGGCGGAGGCGGGGGAAGAGGUGGGGCUGAUUCGGGGAACAGACGUGGUACGAGCGGGACUGCAACAGCGGGUGGGAGUGGGUCCAUUGUUCCUUGGCAUCCCGGCAGCUCACCUGCAGCUGUUAAUGGGCCUGCUUGCUCUCGUGGGGUGCACGGGCAGCGCGGGCAACAUGGCAUGGGUACAGGGGGUCCUGUUGUUGCCGUCGCACCAGGAGCGUACUCCCAGCCUGCUGCUGGUGAUGCUGCGGCUGCCAGUGGUGCUACCGGUGGCGCUGGUGCUGGUGCAAGUGGUGCUUCCUCAGGUGGUGCCUCUGAAGGCCGGGAACGGGGAGGAGAAGGGGGAGGGCGAGAAACAGGAGGCGAGGGAGAGCGAAGGGAGGGAGGGCGAGGGGGGGAAGGGCGAGCGGGCAAGGUGUCACGAGGAGCACGAACCCCUGGAUUUGCUUUGGGCGUGCAAGUAACGCCCCCUGGUGCGGUGCAGAGUGGUGCCGGAGGUGUUGUGCAGGAUGGUGGUGUGGUGCAGAGUGGUGGAGGGGGUGUGGUGCAGAGUGGUGCGGCAGGUGUGGUGCAGUGUGACGCUGCAGGAGAGGCAUGGAAGCAGAAGCAGCUGCAGGCGCAUGAGCUGAGGCGAAAGAGGGUGGUGAAGAUGCAUCAGCAACAGCAACAGCAGCAACAGUAUGUGCAAUCCCCCACGCAUUUCCCACAGUUGGCUGACUUGCAACAGCAGAUUCAGAAGCAGCAGCAGCAGCAGCAGCAGCAGCAGCAGCACGUGCAGACCCAGAGGCUCCAGCUGCCGACUCAGCAGCAGCAGCACCGCCGACCAUCACAGCAGCAGCCCGGGCAGUUGCAUGGGCAACAGCAGCAAGGGCUUCUGCAGGUGCAGCAGCAGCAGCAGCAGGUGCCAAGGCUUGUGGUGGGUGUGAAGCAAGAGAUGGUUGAGCAGGGCAGGAGCGCAGACUGGCACUAUCACCCACACUCACAGACAGCUAGGCAGGGAGACAACCAGGGGCUACCUGGCAGGCAGGGGCAAGCAACCCACACGCAAGGGCAGGGGGGAGUGGGGGGAGAGGCAGGGGCGGGGGGGGCGCAAUGGGGGGAGGGAGGGGGAGGGCAGCAGGCGGGCAGGAAGGAGGGAAGUCUGCGGCACCUGAAGAGGAAGAGGGCGUUGAAAGAGGUGGAGGUGGAAAGUGGGAGAGGGUCGGCUCUGAGGGCUUGUAGCAGCGAAGGGGAGUCGGGCGGUGGGCCUGCUUAUCAGCAGCAUUCGGGUGCUUCUCAGCAGAAUGUGGGUGCUUAUCAGCAGAAUCCGGCUGCAUAUCAGCAAAAUCAGGCUGCUUAUCAGCAAAAUCAGGGUGCUUUUCAGCAGCAAGUUCUUCCUGCUUAUCAGCCUAUCCUGCCGGCUUAUCAAAACCAGCUGCCAGCUUAUCAGCAGCAGACUCCUUAUCAUCAAAAUCCAGCUGUUUUUCAGCAAAUUCCGACUGCUUAUCAGGGCCAACAGGCGGUUGGAGGGAUGGAGGCAGGUGGCAUUCCCUCUGACGUCAUGGAGGGGAGAGAGCAAGAAGAUGACGUCAUGAACAUGAACAUUGAGGGGGAGAGCGGGGGGUGGGGGGGAGGGGAGGAGGUGAAAGAAGCAGUGAGCGUGGCAGCAGCAGGGGUGGUGGGAGGAGCGGAAGGGGAGAGAGAUCCCCCUGUGAAGUCGAGGUUCAGGGGCGUGAGUCAUCACAGGCUGACCAAGCGGUGGGAGGCGUCGCUAUGGACCAACAAGAAGCAACUCUACCUGGGUGGAUACGACGCUGAAGAGAAAGCAGCACGGGCGUAUGACAUAGCAGCCCUGGCGUGCAAGGGAGCAGAGGCAAUCACCAACUUCCCAAGGGAGAGCUAUGCGGACAGCAUUGGGGAGUAUCUUGGGAUCUCCUGCGAGGCGCUCAUCGCGAAACUAAGAAGGGAGAGCUCGGCCUUCUCCCGUGGUCGCUCCAAAUUCCGCGGGGUGUCAGGGCAGGAGGGGCGGUGGGAGGCGCGCAUCGGGUCGUAUUUCGGGCGGCGAAACGUGUCUUUAGGCGUGUAUGAGACGGAGGAGGCGGCAGCAGAGCAGUACGAUCGCGCGCUGAUCAUUCAGAAGGGGACAAGGGCCAAAACCAACUUCUGCAUUUCCAAAUACAUUGCCGAGCACCUGCAGCACGGCACGUGGGCUAAGACUAACUUCUACAUCUCCAAGUACACUGCCGAGCACCUGCAGCACGUGAGUGUGAGUACGAGUAGCACAGAGAACCCCAUUCCCGUCGCCAUUCCUCUCACCCCUCUCAUCGCCCACUAUGCUAUCCUCGAGUUCGCCAAAUCGCCCACCCGUCUCCCUUUCCGUCACGUCGCCAUCUCGUCGCCUGUCCCGUCGCCCUCUUCGUCGCCCUCUCUCCCCUCCUCUCCUCCCGUCGGCCUCUCUCUCGCCCCUCCCUACCGAUCGCCCUCCCGUCGCUCGCCCCGUCGCGCUCUCUCUCUCUCCGCUCCCUUCCCGUCGCCCUCUCUCUCGCCCCUCCCUUCCCGUCGCGCUCUCUCUCUCCGCGCCCUUCCCGUCGCCCUCUCUCUCGCCCCUCCCUUCCCAUCGCUCUCUCUCUCUCCGCUCCGCCCUCUCUCUCGCUCCUCCUUCGAAUCGCGCUCUCUCUCCGCUCCCUUCCCGUCGGCCUCUCUCUCCGCUCCCUUCCCGUCGCGCUCUCUCUCUCUGCUCCCUUCCCCUCGCCCUCUCUCUCGCCCCUCCCUUCCCGUCGUGCUCUCUCUCUCCGCUCCCUUCCCGUCGCCCUCUCUCUCGCCCCUCCCUUCCCGUCGCGCUCUCUCUCUCCGCUCCCUUCCCAUCGCCCUCUCUCUCGCCUCUCCCUUCCCGUCGCGAUCUCUCUCUCCGCUCCCUUCCCGUCGCCCUCUCUCUCGCCCCUCCUACCCGUCGCGCUCUCUCUCUCCGCCCCCUUCCCGUCGCCCUCUCUCUCGCCCCUCCCUUCCCGUCGCGUUCUCUCUCUCCGCUCCGUCCUCUCUCUCGCUCCUCCCUUCAAAUCGCGCUCUCUCUCCGCUCCCUUCCCGUCGCGCUCUCUCUCUCCGCUCCCUUCCCAUUGCCCUCUCUCUUUCUGCUCCCUUCCCAUCCUCCCUUCUCGCUCGCCUCGAAUAG